GUUGCGCAAGCACUCAAUCCGCACGUUGGGCAUGCGAUUUGCGGCACUAUGGAGUCGUUUGUUGUCUGUUUGUGCGUUCUUGCGUUAGGGAUGUGCCAGAUAAUUAUCGGACAAGCUUUAAUUUCAGAUUCGGAAAGAAAAGUGUUGGACUGUAAUGUAACCGGAGAAUGGCACAGCGAGCUCGGAUCCCAGCUGCAGCUCAGCACCGUUGGGCCGGAAGUGAGAGGCGUGUACAGGACGGUACUGGAGAGCACGCGCGGCGCGGCGGGUCCGAACCGCGAGGCUAAAGUGGUCGGGGUGAUUAGUGACGGCCCGCAGCCCACCAUCGCGUUCUCUGCGCUGUGGGCGAAAGGAUCCUGCACUACCUGGGUGGGUCAGUGUUUCAUUUUACCAGGGGGUGUUCAGGUCCUGAAAAUGCUAUGGCUGCUGCGCUCUGCUGCCGAGAGCUCCGUGGACAACUGGGACAGCACCAGGUUGGGAGCGGACCAGUUCAUUUUUGCACGAGGUGUGGAAAGUCCAUAAUGGCUCUCUAGAUUAUCGGCACUCCUUGGAUUCAUCAAUUGAUGCAUCCUGUUGAUGGAUGAUGUGACCUUUUUUGGCUCAUCUUGACCUCAUCUCAGUUCAAUAAACAUUCUCUCGCAAUGCAA